GAGAGAGAGAGAGAGAGAGAGAAAGAAAGAGAAAGAGACCUUCACCUCAGUGCUGUUUACCACUGAAUCAGUCUGUGUGACUGCGUCUCUGUGCAUGUGUGUGUUUUUGUGUGUGAGAGAGAGAGUGUACGAGGGAAAAGACUUCUAGACCUUGGCUGGCUCGCUUGACUCUUGGUCUGGUCAGGCUGCCACGUCAGAUGGCUGCGUUUGGCCCUCUGUCCCUGGGGGAGAGAGAGAGCUGGAGCUCCUGGGACUAACUUCUGUCCAGGCUAGGCUAGCUUAGGCUAAGCUAACCCAAGCUAAGCUAAAGGGACCAGGGAAACCACAGGAGCAGUGGGAGCUCAGAAGUAGCCACAGACUGGGACAGGAGGAGGACAGGGCUCGGGAGGGCUCUGCUGCAGUGAAGCUGUGGAUUGUAUCUGAAUGUGCCUAUUUUUCUACCCAGUGGCUUGGACGUUGCGAGGAUGAGUGGAUAUCUAUACAGGGGCAGGCACUAUGGUGGGAACAGAGAAGGCCGACCAAAGAGCAUGGUUGACAUGAGUGAUUUGUCAUGUGAGGAGAUGGACAAAGGACCCCCUCUGCACACACACAGCCUCAGGGAGUUUGAGCAGGACCUGCUGAGUGCACUUCAGAAGGCCGGCACUGAGCUCCAGCUGCUGGAGGAGGAGCUGAGGGAGAAGGAGGGAGAGAGGGAGCAACAGCUGGAGGAGAGAGAGAAGACCGUCAGACAGCUCAGGAACUCACUGCAGCACAAGGACAAGCUGCUGGAGGACUACGGCGAUCUAUUGGACAGUGCUGGACAGAGAGGCUCUGGCGAAAGGACCCGUGAGUGUGUGAUCACCAAACUCAAGCAGCGCAUCCAGGAGAGAGACCGCGCCCUGGAGCGUGCGGUGGAUGAGAAGUUUGUGUGUGUGGAGCAGAGGGAGCUGGAGGUGCGCAAGCUGCAGUUGCAGCUCCGGGAGAAGGAGAGGGACCUGGACAAACUGCGCUGCGUGUGUGCCAACAACGAGGAGACCAUAACGAGUCUGGAGGCCCUGCUGCGUGGGAAAGGCCUUGAGGUGGAGCAGGUGUGUGAGGCGUUGCGGAGUGCUCAGUGUGUGCAGCGGGACUCUGAGGAGCGACACACACUCGGCCUGCGUGAGAGGGACACACUCAUCAGUCAGCUGCAGAGCACACUGCAGACCCACGCCAAGGAGAACGAGACCCUGACCUCCAGUUUGCUCAGUAAGCUCUCUGUGAGCCCGGCCACUGUGGUAGAGGAGCUGAAGACCCGCUUGUCCCUGAAGGAGAAGCUGAUCCAGGACCUGCUGCGCGACCGCAGCCAUCAGACACAGGAGCACCAGGCCCAGGUCCAGGACCUGCUCAACACCAUCAGCAGCAGGGACGAGUACAUCCAGGAUGCAGCAGGGCGUGUGGGCGAGGUGAUGAGUGAGCAGACGGCUCGCGUGCAGGAGCUGCGCAGGCAGCUGGUGUGUGCGCAGACGCAGGAGAGCGCCGCAGACACAGCUGCUCACGCAGACGCACAGGCUCUUCAGGAGGAGCUUGGCCUGGCUCUGCGCCGGGAGAGGGAGGCUCAGCAGGAGCUGUCCGCCCUCAGAGCAAGCCUUGCAGGGCAGCAGAAACAACUCCAGGCCCAGGCUUCACUGCUGGAGGCCCAAUCACAGCCUGACAAGGACCCUGACUACCAGGAGGCUGCCAUGGAGAUGGAGCAGACCAGCCAAUCCCAGGCUGAGUUUGCAGAACUCUUCUCAGAGCUCGAUGAAGAUGAUGAUGACGAGGACGAUGAAGACUUCGGCAGUGAGUUUGCUUAUAGCAUCGACGACGAGGAGAACUCCAAUCUAACUGCACAGAGUCUGGCGGCCAUGUCGGGCGGUGGAGGACUGCAGCUGUCCCAGGAUGCCGCAGUGGAGGAAGUAAAGCAGCUGGUGGAGCAGAAGCGGGCGGUGGAGAGAGAACUGUCCGAGCUGCGCACUCAGCUGGAGAAGAGCGGAUACUCCUCUCUCUCACACAUGAGGAGGGCACUGGCCGGCUUGCAGGCAGAGAACCAGCAGCUCCGCUCCCUGUUGCCUGCCGAAGCGGCGGGUCAGACGCCGGACGACGGGGACAAGUGCCCUGGCACAGGCACCCAGCUGCGCUCCACCGAGGGCAAACGAUCCUGCCCACGCCCCCAGUCCCUGGACCUUGGGGCCCUGCUGUCCCAUUCUGUGCAGACUGAGCAGCGGGGCGUGUGUGACGUGGAGAGCCCUGUGGAGGAGGCGUUGCGUAGCGACCUGCAGCAGGUGCAGCAGCGCAGUCAGGACCUGCAGGAGAGACUCAUGGUGUCCGAGGCCACCGUGCAGGCCCAGGCCGAGCAGCUCAAGGACUACAGGGAGCUACUCACUGAGAGUGCGGUGGUGCAGCAGGACAGUAAGCAGGUGCAGGUGGAUCUGCAGGAUCUGGGUUACGAGACCUGCGGCCGCAGUGAGAAUGAGGCCGAGAGAGACGACACCAGCAGCCCAGAGUUUGAUGAUCUGGAGAUGUGCACGUCUCUCUCCCGGCUGGACGACAGCGCUCCUGCCUCCGUCUGGUGGUCCGGCGCUGCCUCCGCCUCGGCCUCUGUCUCCACCUCCACCUCCGCCUGCGGCACCACCACCACCGCCGCCACCGCCGGCGUGGGUCCCGGGCGAGGCGGCGAGGGCGAGGUGGCGCGCCUGCAGCGGCUGGUGGAGGAGCUGCGCGGGCAGCUGGAGCGCGCCCAGUCGGUCAUCCGCGGGCUGCAGGCGCGCCUGCGCGACCUCACGCCCGCCGGGACGCCGCGCAAGGUCAGCUGGCAGGCGCACGCCACCGCGGGCGCCACCGACGACGACGAGGGCUGGCAGUCGUCCUCGGACGCCGGCGGACCCUCCUCCUCCUCCGCCGCGGCCAGGCCGCUGGGCCACGAGCGCGAGCUGCGCGACCUGGUGUGCCGCGUGACCUCGCUGGAGGAGCAAGUGAGGGAGAAGGGCAAAGGUCACGUCAUGGAGACGGGCAAAGCCGUCAGUUCGCCAGGGCGUUUUGAUUCGCUGAUCCAGGCGCAGGCGCGCGAGCUGUGCGUGUUGCGCCAGCGGACGCGUGAGGGCGCCAGCCUGUGCCAGCUGCUGGCGCAGCACCUGAGCGAGACCACCAAGGCCUUCGAGGAGCUGCUGCGCGCCAACGACGUGGACUACUACAUGGGCCAGACCUUCAGAGAGCAGCUGUCCCAGAGCAGCAGCCUGGCCCUGCGCCUCGGCUCCACCAUCAGCGGACGGGACCACACUGACCUGCCCGAUGACAACGACAAGACUGAGCUGCUGGCUAUCCGGCUGAGCAAGGAGCUUCAGCAGAAGGACAAACUCAUCGAGUCUCUGCGCUCUAAACUGGAGCAGUCCCGUCCGGACACGCCCGUCAGCAGUCACGCCCUCUCAGAGGUGACCGACCAAUCGGACAGGAUCUCCUUCGUGUCAGAUGAACCGGGCUCCAUCAAUGAGGAUCUGGAGCUGGGCUCGGAUGUGGACACACCCAGUGAGUUUGGUCACGAGGAGAGAUCUACCACAGGCUCCCUCCGUCACAGAGAUGUCCCCCAGCAUCCCUCCAUCCCUCCCUCCAUCUCCUCAUCGCACCAGUCCUCCAGGAGCUGCCACAGCAUGCACUGCACGCCGCAGAGGCACAUGGACGCUCACUCCCAAACAGGCCUUUUAGCUGGACUCGUGCCUGAGUCCCCCUCUCUCGCUGCCCCUUUCCUCCCCUCCACCCCCUCCGCCCAGCCCCCCCUCCUGCGGGCCCGUUACCAGGACAGCAGGGGCUUCUCUCUGGCCGCUGUGCAGCAGGAGCUUCACAUGCUGCAGAGGCAGCUGGCCAGCAAUGAGCGCGCUGGUCUCAUGGGCUCUGCCAUCAAGCCCCAUCCAGGCUUCCCAUUGGCCACUCCGCCCCAGCCCGACCCCAACCGCUUCUUCCCGAUGUCCCAUCAUGCACUUCACCAGUCGCCCCUGGCGGGGGUCAAUGCCAGCCCGGGAGCGGGCCUGCUGGAGAGCAGUGCAUUGUGGGAUAUGGCCUAUGGGGCUCAUCCAGGAAGGACAGUUGCUCAUGGAGAUGUGUCUUCAGGAUCGUCAGGGUACCAGUCAGGUACCAGCCAUGCAGGCACAGACCUGAUGGAGGAACACCUGAGGGAGAUCCGUUGCCUACGGCGACGCCUGGAAGACUCCAUUCAGACUAACGACCGACUGAGACAGCAGCUGGAGGAGAGACUCGCCUCAAUGGGGAGAGAAGGAGGAGUGGCCCCCACCAACAUCUACAUUCAGGGGCUGGAUUCUGUCAGUCAGCUGUCUGGUCAGAUUAGAACUCUGAAGGAGGAGAACCAUGCCCUGCAGUCACGCCUCGACCAGGCCACCAGAGAGGGCAACAGAGAGGCGGAGCUGCUGCGCGAGUCGCUGGCUAGCGGGCGCGGGCGUCUGAAGGAGGCGGAGCUUGAGAUGGAGAGGUGGGCGGAGCAGUGCAAGCGUCUGCAGGUGCAGGCCAGAGAGCACGCGCACACCAUCCAGCAGCUGCAGCAGGACAGACACAACCACCAGGAGGACUCCAGCAGGCUGCAGCACGAGGUGAACGUUCUCCAACAGCAGCUGCGUGAGAGCAGGCUUCUGGUUGUGUCUCUACAAAAUCAGAUCCAGACCUACCAGAGAGCAAGUGCCACCUCCCAACACACACACUUGGCAGCUCAGGUGGAGGGCUACAGUCGGCCCCUGGACCUGCACGAGCUGCAGUCCGACAUGCGCAGCCUGCACGCCCAGCUGGAGCAGCAGCUCCAGACUCAGUCUCCCGCCCGGAAGCAGCUCUUCCACGACCCCUCCUCCUCUCCACCUGUGAGGGACACGGGGCCUCUCAGUCCAGCCUCCCCUCCGGCUGAACCACACGCUGGAGCCAGAGAGAAACACGGCACCCCUCUGGAGGCUGGCGCCCCGGGCAGUGGCCUCCCUCCCCCAGAAGGGGAGCACGUGGUCGGGCACGCCGAUGACUACACCGCCCUGCUGCAGCAGCUCCUGGAGGGCAAGGUCCUCAUCAGCAAGAUGGAGGCCAUGCUACAGCUCUCCGGCCAGCACAAACUGCAGCAGGGAUCUGUGAGGAGUCUUUUGACUGGCACUAGGACCCUGAAGAGGAUUUUGGAGGAGGCAGGUUCUCUGCUCAAAGGGUUUUGGAAAGCAACACUUCCCAGUGAAAUGUCCAGCCAACAGAGCACAAAGGAUGAGGAGAUCGCUGAUCUGAGGAAGAAGCUUCAGGAGCAGCAGCAGGCUCUGAAGGAGGCCUUGGAGAACCUGAGGAGCUCCAACCAGUCCAGAGAGGGCAUGGAGAACUUCAUCACUAGCCAAUUAUCAAGAACACGAGAUGUGCUGAAGAAAGCCCGUUCCAACUUGGAGAAGAAUGAGCUCAAGCUUUCCUCCUUAAGCUGCUCCUCCUCCUCUGUCCCUCCCUUCUAUCCUUCUCUUUCCACACCUCCCCGGUCUUCCAAAGGUGAAGUCCCAGACCGGCCCCGUGAGUGGCCCAGCGCUCCUGGUUGGGGUUUCGUGACCCCUCAGAUCCAAGAGAGACCUCAGGGGACAUCCUUCCCCUUCGUGAGACCGCGUCCCCUGGAGGCCUAUUCCUACUAGCCCGAGCCAGGAGCCCUGUUUCCUCCCAGAAAGCGACACUUCCUGUUCAAACAGGAAGUGGCAUCUAUACUGAGAGCUAAGAGACUGAGAAGUGGGUGGGGGAGUCUGCCUGUUCUGUGAUGACAAAGGAAAGGUUAUAGGAACGUUUACUGCUGCUCUGUGUCGGGUUGCACACAGUAUGUUGUUCAUAUAGUUUGUUUAGAUAUCUCUGUUAAGGCCUCUCAUCUCGUAGUUGCUCCUUCUGUUUUCACUCUUAGUCCCCCUAGACUAGAGCACACAUGAUUAGAUAUUGGCUCUUAUAGUAACAGUCUUCUUCAGGUCACAGUGUUGGCUGAUCAAAGCAUCAGUGAUGGAUGGUGAGCAAGGAUCAGUAGUGCAUAUUGUAUGCAAUCAGCCAAUUUUGCAGUCGGUUUAUAGAAAGUAGUAAGGAAUCUCAUUGGAACUACUGGGAGUACACCCAGUACGGCAAGGAUACUCAAACCAGUCAUCUGCUGGUUUAUGUGUGUUUGUAAGAUUAUGUGUGUGUCUUUGUGUGGGUGUGUGUGUGUGUGUGUGUGUGUGUGUGUGUGUGUGCACACACACAUGGGGAAAACAAGCCAUAACCAGUGUCAUCUUAAUCGUUUACUGCUCCAAAAGAGUUUGGACUACUAAUACAUUAGUUUUGUUGUAAUGCUAUUUCUCUCAUUGCCUUUAUUGUAUUUUUUUUUCAGUAUUAGUUGGAGCUCAUAGGUGUGUGCUGUUUAUCUUCUCUAGUUUAGCGUGAGGACCUGUAACUGCAGGUUACUGUCGCCGUAGGUUUACCACUUUGCAUUGUGGUACCUAUGCAGGUGCCUAUGGUACCUGUGUCAUACUGAGCAUGUGCAAUAAGAACUACUGUACCAACCAGCCUGAACUUUGACCUUUGACACUGUAAACCUAGUGUUGCCCUGAUGAUGGGAGACAGACCGACCGUGCAAUAAUCUAGCAGGACUUUCGUAUGCAGACUGACCGAAGGCUAGUGUCAGCAUAGAGAGGGCAAAACGAUUCAAGGAGUAAAAGACUGUUUGUGUUUCACACAGGCUUUGCUGAUACUGCCAAAGUCUGACCGUCUGUGUGUGUGUGUGUGUGUGUGUGUGUGUGUGUGUGUGUGUGUGUGUGUGUGUGUGUUUGUGACCCCAUGAGAUUAUUAUGUUCCUGUUUGUGUAAUAUUGCCCGUCAUAGGAAAUAAUUGAUGUUCAUCCCUUUUAUUUACUUUUUUGAUACACUGUUGAAUAACUGGUCCAAUUUUUUCUAUUGAUUUUUAUUUUUAGCACUUCCCUUAUAUGGACCAUGCAUUGCUGAAAAAUUUCUUGACUUUAAGUACCCAAACUAUUUUGAUUUAGGAAAUAUGACCUUUAUCUACAACCUUUAUCUGCGGUGUCUUUAAGGAAAGUGGAAUUAGAAUAUAUUGCCAAGUACCUUUUUUAGGUCAGGAUACUGAGCAGGGAAGAGCGUAGAGAACCAAAAUGCAGCACACACAAUGAAAAGGUCUUGAAUGCAAAAUGAGGACACACAUAACAGUGUGUGUGUAUGUGCGUGUGGGUGGGUGUGGGUUUGUGUGAAUGUACAGUAUGUGUGUGCAUGUUGUGUCUCUUUCCAAAGACAAGCUGAAGGGUUUUUUUUUUAACUAGCUGGUGGUGUUUGCUUUAAAUGUUAAGAUAUGCAGUUGUUGGGUGACUGGGUAGCGAUCUGUAGAGUUGACUCUGAAGUGCCAAGUGUCUGACCUCUCGUCUUCCUGUCUGUCUGAUGUCUAUGCUCUGGAGGCUCAUUGAACGCCCUGUGUUACUAUAGACACUCUCAUAGAGGAAUCAUGUUAGAAUAGACCAGCGAAAAGCUAUUGCCGACACUGUCCACACUCAAUAAACACACCACUUGCCAUACUCACCAGCUCCUAAAUCGAGCCCUUCUUUAGCGAUGCCCAACAGGUGCCAAACCGGCCACCAUAGUGGACCCCAGAUAGCCAAACCAGCAGAAGAGCCAGGCCUUUCUUAUCAAUGUCUUUAUGAGGUCUCUCCUGUAUGUUUUACUUGUACAAAGAAAAGGAACAAGUAAAGAUAAAAAAAAAAGACCAAAGCGACUGACAAAUCAAGUGUACAGGCAGGUUGUGCGCCGCCUCUGGUGGUGAGUGCAUGGAGAGUAGAUCUGUAGAUGCUGGCAGUAGGCCUCUGACUGUGCAGGAGGCGUGUAUGAUAGUGUAUAUAUCAGAGGAACCUGAUGGCAUAUAUGAGAUGGGUGUUGUGGGGGCUUGGGUUGACAGAGGCGCAAAUGGACGCAGUGUACAGUAUGUCUAUGCAUGUGUGCUUCAAAAGGGGGCACCGCAGCUUUUAAUAAAAAAGGGAAUGAGAAUGAA